UGGAGACUGUGGGAGACUCUUUGAGAGUAGUACUCUGUGCGUGCAUACACAUUUUCAUUUUCACAUUUUAAAUACACAAUUACACACAUAAGCAUCGAGGAUGUCACGGUGAUGUCACGGCUAAGCUGUUUGUUCGGAAGUAACGGUGUUCAUCCGCAGAUUUAACAUCCAUAUUUGCACAUCAUGUGUUUAUUGAUGUUGAAUUAAUAACACAUCAAUAAUGCUAGGGUAAGAGAACAUCAGUUUCACCGAAGUUGUAGAGUGAAAACAAUCUUCGGACUCGAGACUAUUCGCGUUCCUGUAGCUCUACUGUUUUUAAACAAGUACAUUGACACAGAGGACCUUUAAAUUCUUUGUUGUGACGCAAGCAGUGCUUCAUAAAAUUUUAUGGCAACACUUGUGAUUGAAUUAAUCAAUGGGUUAUUCUGUUUAUUAUUUAUAAUUUAUUGAACGUCACAUGUCAAACUACAGAAAGAACGAUAGUACUCGGAGAGAAGCUGCCAUUGACUAUGACAGGCAGUUUCAAGAAGAUUUGGAAAGAGCACAAGCUCUUAGCUUGGAGAGUUUGGCCUUGGAAAAAUUUAAAAUGCAAAAGCAAUUAGAAUGUUCUCGUUUUAAGCAAAGGACUUUUACUCCUACGUCACAACAGAAUAGUAAUUCUAGCUGUAGUAAUACUUCUGAAGUUGAUAGCUCAACUCAACCAGCUGAAAGAUUUCAAUUAAGAAGUAGACCAAGGCCUGGAGCAACUCAUCCUAAAAAUUCAAUAAUUGCUCCCCCUCCAAUACCUUCAAGGCGAAAUUCUACGACAACAGUAAAUUCUACGUCCUCAAAUACUGCAGAUUUAAUCAAUUUUACAAGCCCAGUCAAACCAGAAACAAGAAUCAAUGAAUACUGCAGCAUUUCCAAUGCAACAACUCCCCAACUUCCUAUUGAACCCAGAUGGGAUACACAUCCGGCAUUACUUAAAAAAUCAUCAAAGGUAGCAAGAAGUAAUAGCUCAGUAUCUACGUAUCAAAAUCGUCAUUUUCGAUAUCAUUCACCAACACCGGGACAAGCUUCUACAGCACCUUGUACUCCUGGAACUCCAGGAAUUAGUCCUGUUAUGCCGCGAGCUGAAAGUGUGAAUACACAUGUUUCUGACGGAAUUCCUCAGCCAGUUUGGAAUUUCUUAACUUUUAGAAACUGUUACUUCUCUCAGAUCCCACCGCUUCCACUUAAUUAUAGACCUCCAUCAUCAGGAUCAACAUCAUCAAUGCCAUUAUUUCUUACAGACGAUAGGCAACUUAACGUAUUGAAAAUAAUAGAAAAGAAGCCAAAUAACAAUUUAAUUGAUCUGAAUACUUUUGAAAACAACGAAGAUAAAACAAAUGUUCGUGUGAGUGUAUUAGAGGCCUUCGAUCCUUUACUAAUAAAGACUGAAGAAUUUAACAAAGAAAUUACAAUUCCUGAGAAUCGUGAAAAGGAUCAAGAAAGUCAAAUGGAUGGAUCUGUUUAUGAUCCGUUUGAUCCUUUUGAUUAUAUGUAUAGUACGAAUGAAAGUGUCAACUCUGAUCCAGUUUACGCUGCAGUGGAAAAAACGGUCAAAUCACCAGCCGUUUCUCCGGCAGCUCCUCCACCUCUUCCUCCAAGAAAUUCUUCGGCUUGGAAUACUAUUGAACGACGAAGAACAUCAUUAGAUCGACGACAAAAAAGACAAACACGUCUUUAUGAGAAUGUUACAGUAGUAAAAACAAGAGCAUCGUUACACGAUUGUGAUUUAAUAGCUUUCCACAAGAUGGUUAAAGCGGUGAGAAGUGAUUUUCCAUUUAAUAAUCCUAAUACUAAUGUAGGUCUCAUUAUUAGUCCGAUGAUGGAAAAUCUUUAUCCAGAAGGAACAAGUAUUAAGUUAGUCGUUCAUCCUCAAUUAUCAGGUAGCGAUGACUCCAUUCCGUCCAUAUCUUUCACCUGUGUCGUGAACUGUAGUGUUGAACAUGUGAUUUUAAAUGUUGCUUGUUCAUUAGAAGAAGAAGAUACAGUAGAUGUUGAAAAAUAUUGCCUAAGAGUAUGGGGAUUAGCUGAAUACCUUGCUCCAAAUACUACGUUAGCACAGUAUGAAUACAUUCAUCAGUGUAUAAAAUUAGAAAAGGACAUCGAAUUAGCUAUAAUAACUAGAAAUCAAAUAAAAAGGUCUAUAGCAAGAACUCUUCAAGAUGACAAUCGAGAUCAGGAUCUGAAGCUUGCAGAUAUAUUACCUAAUGAGCCUUUGCAACCAAUUUCUUAUGAUGCCUUAGUUAUUCUUUUAGAAACUGUUGAAAAAGAAAUGGAGAGAAUUGAGACAACUGCUAUUCAGUUGGUCACGACUGAUAGUUCUAGUCUUUUACCACAACUUCAACCUAGAGGAGUUGUUCAAGCAGUCAAGGCAGUAUGUGCAUUGAUGGGAAGUAUUGAAACAUAUGAAAUUACCGAAGCUGUAGACAAUUUUGUCAACGCCUGCUGCCAAUUUUUACCCCAAGUUCAUACAGCUAAUAUUGAAUGUAAAAAACCAGAAGUACUCCAUGAAGAUGGAGAUUAUUCUGUAGUCGUUUUAAGGACCAAAUUUCCAGAAGUUUUAGCAUCUCACUGUAAUAAAAUUCGUGAUGCAGUUCAAGAUCUUGUAGAGACUUAUUGUCACGCAUUUCGAGUUGAUUUUCAAUUACAAUCUAGAGGAGAUUAUCCAAUAAAUACUUUAGUUUCUUCAGAAGUUUUUGAUACUGUUCUCGUAAGAGUUGGUGCUGUUCAUAGACUUCCAAACUCAUGGAAACAUGAUGAUUACAUUGUUGCUGCUCAGAUAUUUCAUGGAACACGGCCUGUUGGGAAUCCAGUACUCUCUGAACCGAUGACUCUUAAUGUUAAUUUCUAUUCAAGGAUCCUUUUCAAUACGUGGUUAGAGUUUCGAGGCAUCAGCGUAUGUCAGGUGCCUCGUGAAGCGAGACUGGUACUCGUCAUUUAUGGCCGGACGUUACAACCUACUGACCACGAAGCGAAUUCCUCGAGCGAAGGAUCAAUGCAGAAGGAAGAGUUAGGCUGGGGUGCUAUUCAAUUAUUUGAUUAUGAUGGAGUUAUGAGUCAAGGAAGUUUUUUCUUGUCACUUUGGCCAGCUGUUGCUGAUAAAAGACUUGGUCCUGCACCAGCUCCUGGUAUCCACCCAUAUGGUGAUACAAAUCCAAUCAUUGGAUUGGAACUUCCUGACUAUGGGGGUCGUGUUCUAUUUCCUACUGAAUUACGAGACCAUGAUGUAGAGUCAUUAGAUAUCAACCUAUUAGAUCAAAAUACAAAAGAGCUGCUCAUUGAUAUAUGUCAACAAGACACCUUCUCUAGACCUCCAAUUGAUGAGAGAGAAAUUCUUUGGGAAAAACGUCAUUAUCUUCAUGAUAUUCCUGAAGCUUUACCAAAGGUUUUAUUAGCAGCUCACAGUUGGGAUUGGGCAUGUCUUCCAGAUCUUCAUGCAUCUUUAAGAGUCUGGAGCCCGUUGCCACCUGUUCAAGCUCUUCAAUUACUCCUUCCUUGUUUUCCGGAUAUCAAGGUUCGAGAAAUGGCUGUUGGUUGGAUUCGAGAGCUCAGUAAUGAUGAGCUUAUUGAUUAUCUUCCACAGUUACUUCAAGCUUUAAAACAUGAAACAUAUGAAGCUUCACCUUUAGCUAAAUUUUUGAUUGAAAGAGCUUUAUUGUCACCUAGAGUUGCUCAUCAUGUUUAUUGGCUUUUAACUCAAGCACUCCCUGGUCAAAGUCCUCAGAAUUCAGCAGAAUCAUCGCCGGAAGAUGACAAAAGUAUGAGUUUUGCUCGUUACCAAAGAAGACUUCAAUUGAUGCUACGUGCUCUGUUAGCAGUCAUUGGAGAAGCAUUGAGAAAUAGUUUUCUUACUCAACAAUUAUUAGUGAAAAACCUUAAUGAAGUAGCCGAGAAUAUUAAAGUCACGAAGGAAUCAUUAAGACUGGAAGCAUUGAAGGUGGGAUUACAAAACAUUCAUUGCCAAUUGGCAGAAGAUGAAGGAACGUGUCUUCCACUUUCUCCCAGUAGACAAGCAUUUGGAAUUAAUAUUCAAACAUGCUCUUAUUUUCCUUCAUUUACUCUGCCUCUGAAGAUUAGUUUUAUUGGUUGUGAUAAUGUUAUAAGUCCAGCGAUUUUCAAGGUCGGUGAUGAUCUUCAACAAGAUAUGUUAACAAUUCAGAUGGUAAGAAUUAUGGAUAAAUUAUGGUUAAAAGAAGGAUUAGACUUAAAAAUGGUGACUUUUGCUUGUGUACCAACGGGAAAUAAACGAGGUAUGAUCGAAAUGGUAACAGAUGCUGAAACUUUACGGAAAAUUCAAGUAGAAUUUGGACUCACAGGAUCUUUUAAAGAUCGGCCUAUUGCUGAAUGGCUCGCUAAGCAUAAUCCAUCAGAACUCGAGUAUGAAAGAGCAGUUGAAAACUUUACAGCAUCAUGUGCUGGAUAUAGUGUAGCGACUUAUAUUUUGGGAAUUUGUGAUAGACACAACGAUAAUAUAAUGCUGAAAACGUCUGGGCAUUUGUUUCAUAUUGAUUUUGGCAAGUUCUUAGGCGAUGCUCAAAUGUUUGGAAACUUCAAAAGAGACCGAACACCAUUUGUAUUAACAUCAGACAUGGCAUAUGUUAUUAAUGGAGGUGAUAAGCCAUCUGCAAAAUUCCAUAACUUUGUUGAUUUAUGCUGUCAAGCCUUUAAUAUUGUCCGGAAGCAUGGAAAUCUCAUUUUACAUUUGUUUGGUUUGAUGACUAGUUCGGGUAUCCCUGGAGUGACAAUGGAUGCUGUAAGUUACGUUCAAAAAGCUCUUCUCCCUGAACAAACAAAUCCUGAGGCUGCUGCUACUUUUGCAAGGAUGAUUGAAAGUUCUUUGAAAAGUUGGUUCACACAGUUUAACUUUUUCCUUCACAAUUUGGCGCAAUUGAGAUUUACUGGUGAUCAUAAUGACGGAGAACUUCUUUCAUUUAUUCCACGCACUUAUACGAUGCAGCAAGAAGGACAAUUAACAAGUGUCCUAGUCUAUGGAUACCAAAAACGUUACGAUCCAGAAAAGUAUUAUAUGUAUAUUUUGAAAAUCCAAAGAAAGGGCCAAGCUGAUCCAACUUAUCUCUUUCGAUCGUAUAAAGAAUUCUGUGAAUUUUAUCAGAAGCUUUGUAUACAUUUCCCUCUUGCCAAAGUUGCCAGUUUACCCAGUGGUAUAAGUGUAGGGAGAUCAAAUAUCAAACAAGUAGCCGAUAAAAGGAGAGCAGAUAUCGAAAAAUUUUUGCUGAGUUUAUUUGAUAUGGCUCCAGAAAUAUCACAAAGUGAUCUCGUUUAUACAUUUUUCCAUCCUUUACUUAGAGAUCAAAAAAAUACUGAUAUUCAUCUGCGUAAAGUUAAAGUUGGAAACUGGUGGGCAGAGAAACGAGUAAGAGAAAAUGUUCAAUGUGGGCAAAUAAAAUUAUCACUUCACUACACUCGAGGAACACUUUCAGUAAUGAUACAUCAUGCUCGAGGACUACCAAAAGUUGCUAAUGCUCAAGAACCCAAUACAUAUGUCAAAGUGUACCUAAAACCUGAUCCCACAAAAGCUACUAAACGGAAAACUAAAGUAGUUAAGAAAAACUGUCACCCCUCGUUCAUGGAGAUGUUGGAAUAUCGAAUGCCUUUAGAAGUAAUUAAAGAACGAACGUUAGAAGCUACGAUCUGGAAUCAUGAUACUCUUCAGGAAAAUGAAUUUCUGGGUGGUAUAUGCUUGCCACUUGGUAAUGUAGAUUUAAAGAAUGAAACUAUUGAGUGGUUUCCAUUAGGAAGUAUUCGAUAAUCAAUUUCCCACGCGCACAGUUCGGAAUAAAAUUUUUUAAUAAUAACACUAUAAAGACAAUUACCACUUUCUGAUUGAUAAAUUUUCCACGCAUAUCAACAAUUGUUUUUAUUUUUCUUUUACUGAUAGAGAGGUAUUUUUUGUACAUUAAUCAUGGCAGGAUAACUGAAUUUUUACCAUUUACAGGAAAUAUAUUUUCAAAUGAAUUUAUUAAGAAAAAACUAAUAAUGAUAGAAUCAAAUAGAAAUUUCAGAGGAUGCGGGAAAUUUAUGAAUUAGUGUAAUUUAUAGCUUAGAUAAUUUUAAUAAAUGAAUUUUCACGAUAGAUCCAGCAGUUUUUUAUAUAAUUCUGAAUAACAUUUACACUGUUUUUUAUAAUAUAGUCUAUGUAAAUUAACUAAAAAAUAAUUGUGAGCCAAAGGAGAACUUGAAUAGAUGAAAGUGGUUACAUUUUAAGAACUAGGAAGUAAAUAGUUAAUGAAUAUUUUUACAAUUAAGUUUUUCGAUCUUUUAUUUUUACAAUAAAAAUUGUGCACUUUAUCAACUCUUGUAAUUAUCAUAAUAAUGAUUAGAACUAUUAUUAUUAUUAUUGUUUAUAAAAUGAAGAAUCUGUGCUAAUAAAUAGAUUGGAAUUUGUCGUGUAAAUUUGUGAUGAAAUGGUUUACGCGUUUUAU